AAAAGAAUUCAGAUGAGUAUCAUCUUCUUAUAGACUCAAGCAGCUCUAGCAACUAGACCUAGAUUGGCUAGAUCUAGACAUGAGAUCAUUGAAAUGUCCUACAGAAAGAAAAUGAAAACGUGUUCUUUAUAUCAAAAUGAUGAAAAAAUAGAUGCAUGUGAAUAUCAACCUGAGCCAGUUUUAGCUGACGAAUACUUGGAACCAGUACAUUUGGUAGAUGUAUAUGUUGCAAUUAUUACAGAUAAAAAGAAGACCUCGAAAAUUGUGAAAAAAUUAAAUGAAAUUGCACCUCUAGGAUAUUUACAGCAUUUAAAAAGAAUACGAACAACAAAUGACCCAGCUGGGCCCCUGCAAAUUGUGCUUUAUGAAAAAAGUUUUGCUACUGAUAUAUCAAACUGGGAUAGUCAAAAAUGUCAAAUAGAGGAAGUCAUUUCAACAAUUGAUGGAUUAGGGAAAAAAUAUUUGACUAAAGUUCCAUCAACACCACCUCUAACAAGGCAUCAAUACAAUGAAGCAAUUCAAUACUGGCCUGUUAACUUCCAUGAGGAUAAAAUGAUAACAUCUUUAUUGUCAGGUAAAUAUUUUGAGAAUAAAGAACUACAAGACAUUGAAAUGUACAUGAAGUUGGCCAUUCAACUUGCACAAGUUGCUAAAAGGAAAAAGCAGCUACCUAUUGGAGCUGUCAUUGUAGAUCCUGUAACAAAGACCAUUAUCUGUGAAGCAUAUGAUUUACAAAAUUCUGGAUACCCCCUCCAGCAUGCAGUCAUGGUGGCCAUUGAUCUUGUUGCACACUCACAAGGAGGAGGAAUGUGGAUAUAUGAAGAUUCUCAUAGUGAAUUAAAAUAUGCCUCCUUGCAAGAACAACCAAAGAGUGGCACAGGAGUUUAUUUGUGCACAGGAUAUGAUUUAUACACUACACAAGAGCCAUGUGUUAUGUGCAGCAUGGCUUUAGUUCAUUCCAGAAUCAGCAGAGUUUUCUAUGGGUCAAGUCAAAAAGAUGGUGCUCUAGGCUCCAAGUUCAAAAUACACUGCCAGCCUGGAUUGAAUCAUCAUUACAAAGUCUUCCGACAUUGUCUUCAACAACACACAGAUCAGCUAUAUUCCGAAAGAUGAGACAUCAUUGUUUGAUAAAGAGUUGCUUAAAUUUGUCUUAUUAUAGUGGACAUACUGUUAACAAACUUUUACUCCUAUUAAUAAAAGACAGUUGUACGAAAAAAAUUGAUAACUAUGAUUCAUUUUGUGUAUGAAUUUGAAUUGUAAAUGAAGCUUUAAGCUGUUAAAUAAACAGACACAUCUUGUUAUAAAUAAGCUUAUCUUCUAUAACCCCUUUUAGUCAUGAGGGAACUAUGGAUCAUCUUAGAAAUGAGAUAAAUGCCUAGACCUAAGCUAUGGUUGGAAUAAUGUCGCCCACACAGCAGUUCCUCCCCUCCCCUUUCUGUGCAGCUGAUACAGGUUGAGAUCAGCUGCAUUGCAGGCUCUGCCAUAGUUUAGCAUUGUUAUUGCUAUCUGACAUCAAAGAUUUUUGACUUGGUUAUUUAAAAUUAUAUUGAUGUAAACAUUGGCUUAUUUCUAGUAAUUUACAUACAUUGUUUAUUGGUAAAUGUGCAUGGCUUGCAAUUUCUCACUUUUACUUGAUACAAUAAGGAUGUUUUUAGUUUGUCAUACAAUCAACUAAAAUUGUAUUAGUGAUGUUCUAAAGUUAAGAAAUAAGAGGAAUGGUAUCUUGUUCAUAGCUAGAAUUUUAUUUAGUAUAAAGUAGGGUUGCACCAUAUAAUACUUUUUUAUAUCUGGUCGUAGCCGCAUACCUACAUGUCUUUGUAAAUAGCUUGUGGUACUGAAUAUUUUGCAAAACUGCUAAAUAACAUACCUAUAUUCAUACUAUUUUUUCUUUUUUAACUUUUAUUUACCUAAUUGUUUUAAACUCUAUAACUGAUUGAUGAAUUAAAGUUCAACAGAUAUGCCUAUCACAAACUAAUCUGUUUAACAUAUGAGGGGGUGUGUGAAUGUAUGAUGCCACCAACUGUAAAGGGGGUGUGUGGGAUGGUCGAUGUAGAACAUAUAAAUGUAUAUUUAACUAGUUACUAAUAUAAGCAUUAGGAUUUAUUAAAAGAAAUUUCUAUAAAUCAAAUAAGAACAUAAAACUAAAAUGUUAUUUAACCUUGGUUAGGCCAAUAAUAGAAUAUGCAUCCUCCGUUUGGGACCCUCAACUCAAGAAAACAUUAAGAAACUGGAACAGACACAAAAUAGAGCAGUGAGAUUCAUAACAAACGAAUAUUCACAUUUGACUAGAGUAACACCUUUAGUAAAAUCACUAAAUUUAGAAAGCCUUCAGGACAGAAGCUCAAAAGUAAAGUAGCAAUCAUACAUAAAACACUGAACCAUAAUCUUCAAAUACAAAAACAAAAUUUAAUAAAAUACUCUAAAAGACACAAAGAUAAAGGCACAUUCCUCGUACCAUAUGCUAGAACAAAUUUGUACAAACACUCCUUCUUCCCUAGUGCUACUAGAGCAUGGAAUGGGUUGCCUGAGCUAGCCAGGAAAACCAGUGACUUGGCUGAAUUUAAGUUAUUGGUUAAUAUGCAUGACGCGUAGGACGUAAUCAUCUUUUUUGAAUUAACGUCUGUAUUAUAUAAGAUAAGAAGUAACUAAUGUAAGAAACAUCUUCCUUGUUACAGAUUUUAAUGUGGAAAAAGCUCCGUACAAUGAAAAAAGAAUUAUAUCAAACCAUAGGCCUACAGAUAAAUUAGCUAGGUCUAGAUCAAAACAAACUACAAAAAAAAAUAAUUAUUUUUUAAAGUUUAGUUUAAGAGUUGUUGUUUUUUUUUUAAAUUGGUGAUUAUUAGUUAAACGACUUUAUUUUUAGUUUAAAUUGAACUUUGUUACAUUAUAUUCGUUUUUUGGUUAGUUCAGCUCCCAUCACUAAUGAACUGUAGUUAUAUACUUAUAGGUCACGCCUGUAGGCCAAGGGGUGUCAGGUUUCUCAUGUACUCCAGAACCUUAAUUGAGAUUUAUCUUUAAGUAAGCAAACUUUGUUUCCUCAUAAGAUAUCACCUCUAGACAAUGCCAACAUAUUGUCUCAAUGUGGUCACCUAGCUGUCUGUCUAUAAACUCAAUGUGAUGGAUUAAACAAAUGGAAAAUGAAGGUGGAGAUAGACCAGCACUGAUAGACACAUAGAUACUGCUGAGUACUUUUAACUAUCCCCGGCCAACAAUCCUGCAGUGAUAUCCAUCUUGAUACAAAUAUGGCCGGAUAGUGAAAAAUGGCCAGAUUUUCGGAUGGAGCUAGACGUACUAUCAAAUGCAAGCCUAAUGUAAAGUGAUACAAAUCGGUCAUUUACUAAUGAGAAUUAAACCUUGCAAUAGUAGAGAUGAUUUAUGAUGCAUUUACAGGAAUUUCAACAGUAUUUUGAGAAGUUAACUAUUAUCUGUACAGAACUUCUCAAAUAGAGAUCUGCAUGUUUUGAUAAUAUUUCUGUAUAUUAUUGCUAAAUUUUGCUGUGGUUGAUUCAAUAUAUUAUUUCUAUUGCAACAAUAGGUUAUACUAUUACUAUAGUUGAGAUUGCCAAUACUGUAAUUACACAUAUACCGACAUGAAUACAAGAUAAAUUUGAAUCACAAAUGGAAAUGACAUACAACAGAUUUUUCAAGCCAAACUAGUAAUGAAACAACUCUUACUACUGUGACACUUGGCUGGGUCCCUUAUACAUAGAGUAGUCACAAGCCUAAUCCUGCAGAUAAAUUGUUGAGUAGAAACUUCUUGGCCUACUUAUUUCCAGAGUGCAUGAUGUUGCAAGCAUUUUUUUCUUCUCAUUCAAGAACAAGGGGCCAGUUUCUCAAAGCUGAUGAUGUCAUUUUAGUUAAAAUUUUAAAAUUAGGUUAAGCCUGUGACCAUUAUUAUAAUUAUUUUGAUAAUCAACCUUUUAUUGAGAAAUAAAAUGUAUUCUUUGUGAUA